AUGGAGCCGAAGAAGCGGGGAAGGCCAAAGGGCUUGACGAAAUCGAAAGAAGACAAGGAGAAAGAGGCUACUGCUAAAAGGAGAGGCACCGGCAGCGAGAAGAUAAACGCCACCUGGGACGAAAGGUAUAUUCAUUGGAAGCAGUUGGUGCCAGUGCUCUACGACUGGUUUGCUCAUCACAACCUUGUCUGGCCUUCUCUCUCUUGCCGUUGGGGCCCAGUUAUCGAGAAUGGAUCUUACAAGGACAAACAGCGUCUCUACCUUUCUGAACAGACUGAUCAGACUGUGCCUAACACUUUAAUUGUAGCAAAUUGUGAUAUUGUGAAGCCCCGAGUCGCAGCAGAAAACCAUAUAGCAAAUUUCAAUGAAGAUGCAAGCUCACCUUUCGUUAAGAAGUAUAAAACUAUCAUACAUCCUGGAGAGGUCAACAGAAUCAGGGAACUUCCACAGAAUAAAAAUAUAGUGGCAACGCACACUGACUGCCCUGAAGUUCUUAUUUGGGACAUUGAAGCCCAACCCAAUCGGCAGGCUGUCCUUGGAGCUGCUGAAUCACACCCAGAUUUGGUGUUAUCUGGACACCAAGAUAAUGCAGAAUUUGCACUUGCAAUGUGCCCAGCUGAACCCUUUGUGCUUUCAGGAGGAAAAGAUAAAUCUGUGGUGUUGUGGAGCAUUCAGGAUCAUGUUUCAACAUUGGCCACAGAUGCUGGCCAAUUAACAGGAUCUGCUGGUUCAGUUGUAAAAGCUGCUGAUAAUUCUUCUAUUAGUCCCCGAGGGGUUUUUCAAGGGCAUGAUGAUACAGUUGAGGAUGUGCAAUUUUGCCCGUCCAGUUCGCAGCAGUUUUGUAGCGUUGGAGAUGAUUCUUGUUUGAUACUAUGGGAUGCAAGGAUAGGAUGUGGUCCCGUAGUGAAGGUUGAAAAAGCGCACAGUGCUGAUCUUCAUUGUGUAGAUUGGAAUUCUCACGAUGAAAAUUAUAUCCUAACUGGGUCCGCGGAUCAUACAAUUCACAUGUUUGAUCGCCGCAAUUUAAACUCUGAUGGAGUCGGAUUGCCUGUCCAUAAAUUUGCAGGUCAUACAUCUUCUGUUCUUUGUGUCCAGUGGUCACCAGGCAAACGCUCGGUCUUUGGGUCCUCAGCAGAAGAUGGUCUGUUGAACAUCUGGGAUUAUGAGAAGGUUGAUAAAAAGAAAGAAAGUGGGUCCAAAUCUCCAAAUGCUCCUCCAGGGUUGUUUUUCCAACAUGCUGGCCACAGAGAUAAGGUUGUUGACUUCCACUGGAAUGCUUCUGACCCAUGGACAGUUGCUAGUGUAUCUGAUGAUGGAGAAUCCUCUGGUGGAGGUGGUACUUUACAGAUAUGGCGUAUGACAGAUUUGCUGUACAGACCUGAGGAGGAGGUUAUAGAGGAGUUGCAAAAAUUUAAAGACCACAUGCUUGAAUGUUCGAAGGCUUGA